AGGUGCGUCCGAGGCAGAGGGAGCAAAGUCUAGUGUGAUACAGCAUGUCGGGACACCUCCCGUGCACGGUGCUGCUGGCUGUGCUGCUGGCGAGGGCGGAGCUCAAGCCUGCCAGUGCCGGGAAGUGGGCCAGGUGUGGGCAAAGUGGCAGACUGACUAACAUUCCCUGCAUGGAUCAUGCCCACUGGUACAAUUUAACCGCGAACCUGGGAGAGGGAAUUGAGACAUCACAUGACGACAGCAUUCUUGUGGGUCCUUCAACCUUUGACAAAAUCAGAGGGAGCCAUCUCCAGGGCUGUGUUCUGAAGAAAAUCUUUCAGUUUUACGAUCAAGUUUUAUACGGAAAAGGAGGAAACUACACAGACCUGCAGGAUUUCAUUGCUCAACUGAACAAAUGUGUUUUAAGGGUCUGUCGCCUGAGGCGGUGCAGGAAGCUCUACCAAGAAGCCCAAGGGAUGUCGAUGGAUGAGACCAGAAGACAAAUGACAUUGACAGCAAAAGAGGUGGCUAUGCUUCAGAUUCAUAAACUUCAACAUGCAACAAAACAGAUUGGUGAUAUGAGGACCCAAGAGAAGGCCAUCAUAGAGCUGAGAACACUUGAGUUCUACCUGCCAGAGGAGAAAAUGAAAAACGACAAGGGAAAGCCAAAAUGCACCGUGAAGAGUCAGCGAAACUGACUGAACACAUUGCCUCGCCUGGUCUUGGACAACCGCUUGUUUUACAACUUGUGCGACUCACUUAAGAGACAUAAAUAAAAGCACUAAGCCAACAGCCAUGCCAAUCCAAACAACAAAACCAGCCAUGAUUUCAGUUUCAGGUUGGAGUUUUGCUUUAAUUACAACCAUAAUCAGGAUAAAAUGCUUUAAUGGUAUAUUACAUUUAUGAAAGUUGCCUUUGAUGUACUGUACUCUGUCGUACUAUUAUGUGCUCUACAAUAACUGCCAUACUUGUGAUUACCUGCAUCUUAUAGCCCACAACUAUAACUCAUUUGACUCAUCAAUUUAGUUUAAUCCUGUUGUAUUUGAGCUGUCAUUGAACCAUGUCAGUCUUUGGUGAUUGGUCAUCUU